CACCUACUGUUUGGCAUAGUUCUUGUGAAGUGUUGACAUUGCAUCAAGUUUACAGUGCGGCACGGUGGCGCAGCAGGUAGAGCCGCUACCUUUCAGUGCCAGAGACCCAGGUUUGAUCCACACCUCGGGUGCUGUCUGUGUGGAGUUUGUAUGUGACCGCUGUGACCAUGUAGGUUUCCUCCCAUAGUGUUACUCUAAGUGUGGAGUGACUUCACACUGCAGGAGGAGUGAGUGUCUGCCUCGACCUGUCGAGUGGAAACUGUAACCAUGGAGACAUGGCUCCAGUGAACGUGGUUCCCCAAUGACAGGCAAUGAAUUGUGUUUGUGGGAGAUACAUGAGUGGCUCAGUCAAUGCACUGCCCAAUGUCUGACCCUCAGGCACAUUGCAGGAGCACUGUCUGGGAUAGCACUGGCACUGUCUGUGGGAUCGCACUGUGUAUUGCACUCGCCACUGACUGGGAUGGAGCCAAGCGCAGAGAUGGAGGUGUUUGAUGUUUGCAGGGUUGCUCUGACAACCGGCUUGUCCACAACCAACACCUUCCCUCUCCUGCCGUCGCCGAGCAACCACAAACAACAAGCAGGCUCCCCCACCACAGGCAGUGAAGGAAUAAGGACGGGAAGAGAGAAAUAGAAUGAACUCCUGUAAAUUCCCAGAACUCUCCUGAGGUUGAGAGAAGGUUGCUCCAAACCGCUGCUGCACCUCGCACUGUAGCGAGGGGGUUGCGGUCUGAUCGUCACCCUGAGAUUGGAAACUGCCAGAGAGGAUGCAGGGUGCAGGGCCGCCCUUCAAUAAGGAUCCCCUGGAGCUCGCAGUCGAAGAUGUCUACGACAUCUCCCACCAGCUCGGUUGUCAGUUCAGGGAAGUGAACAGCUCGCAAAGUUCUACGGCAGUUUUUGACUUGCAGUUCCAGAUCGUCAGAGUGUUAAAAAUGCUUGAGACUCUGGUGAGCCAAAGUUCCGUCAGCCUGGAGGAGCUGAGACUGGAGCGGGAUGGACUGAAGGCAGAAGCAGAAACACUUAUCGGAGAACUGCGGAGUAAAGCCACUGACCCUGUGCAGGAGCAAAAUAUUGGAGCGGACAAGUUCAUCAUGAACCUGAAGGAUCCGAACUGCCCGCGGUUCACCUUGCAGGAACUGAGUGAAGUGCUGCAUGAACGUAACCACCUUAAGGCUCAGCUACUGACCACCCGCGCAGCCAUCCAGUGCUACCAAAGUGCAACAAUCACUCAAGCUGAGGAAGGAGACGGUGAACCAUGUCCUAAUGAUGGAAGUGGAUGAAGUACAUUCAUAGAGUCACGCAGCACGGAAACAGGCCCUUCAGCCCACCAUAUCCACGCAGGCCAACAAGUACCCAUUCAUAUCAAGCCCAUUAUCCAAAGCAGCCCAUAGCCCUGUACAUGCGAGUAUCUGCCAUCACUACUCGCUCUGAGUUCCAGGUUUCAAUCAUCUCAUGGGGUAAAAAAACAAUUCUGUCUCAAAUCCCCUCUAAAUCUUACACCACUGACAAUAAAUGUCCUGGGGUCAUUGUUUGGCACAGACAUUGUAGGCCGAAGUUCUGUUAUCUUAGGGAUUUUUACAGCAUUCUCCACAGUAAAGGCUAAUGCAAAAAAAAAAGUAUAUAUAUAUAUAUAUACAGGGCCCUCUAUUAAGGUUUGGGAGAAAGACCCAUCAUUUAUUUAUUUGCCUCUGUACUUGCCAUUGAGAUUUGUAAUAGAAAAAAAUCACAUGUAGUUUAUGUGAACAUUGUCAGAUUUUAAUAAAGGCCAUUUUUAUACAUUUUGGUUUCAUCGAAACAUAGAAAAUAGGUGCAGGAGGAGGCCAUUCGGUCCUUUGAGCCAGCACCGCCAUUCAUUGUGAUCAUGGCUGAUUGUCCCCUAUCAAUAACCCGUGCCUGCCUUCUCCCCAUAUCCCUUGAUUCCACUAGCCCCAAGAGCUCUAUCCAACUCUCUCUUAAAUCCAUCCAGUGACUUGGCCUCCACUGCCCUCUGUGGCAGGGAAUUCCAUAAAUUCACAACUCUCUGGGUGAAAAAGUUUUUUCUCACCUCAGUCUUAAAUGACCUCCCCUGGUUCUGGACUCGUCCAACAUUGGGAACAUUUUUCCUACAUCUAGCUUGUCUAGUCCUUUAUAUAAUUUUUAUAUGUUACUUUAUAUGUUUCUAUAAGAUAUCCCCUCAUCCUUCUAAACUUCAGCGUAUAGAAAUGACAGCAUUGUUUAUACAUAGUCCCCCGAUUUCAGGGCACCAUAAUGUUUGCGACACAGCAAUGUCAUGUAAAUGAAAGUAGUAGUCAUGUUUCAUAUUUUGAUGCAUAUCCUUUGCAUGCAAUGACUGCUUGAAGUCUACGAUUCAUGGACAUCACCAGUUGCUGAGUGUCUUCUCUGGUGAUGCUCUGCCAGGCCUGUAUUGCAGCCAUCUUUAGCUUAUACUAGUUUUGGGGGCUAGUCCCCUUCAGUUUUCCCUUCAGCAUAUAAAAGGCAUGCUCAAUUGGGUUCAAAUCAGGUGAUUGACUUGGCCACUCAAUAAUUUUUUAGCUUUGAAAAACACAAUAGGUGCAGGAGUAGGCCAUUCGCCCCUUCGAGCCAGCACCGCCAUUCAAUGUGAUCAUGGCUGAUCAUCCCCAAUCAGUACCCCAUUCCUGCCUUCUCCCCAUAUCCCCUGACCCUGCUAUUUUUAAGAGCCCUAUCUAGCUCUCUUGAAAGCAUCCAGAGAACCUGCCUCCACCGCCCUCCGAGGCAGAGAAUUCCACACUCAUCACCCUCUUUGCUUUGUUGCUUUAGCAGUAUGUUUGGGAUCAUUGUCUUGUUGUGGAAUGGACCGCUGCCCAAUGAGUUUUGAGGCAUUUUUUGAACUUGAGAUAGGAUGCGUCUAUACACUUCAGAAAUCCUAUUUUUGCGGCUAACCAGUGGUUUGCAUCUUGUAGUGUAGCCUCCAUUUUUGUUCACAAAGUCUUCUGUGGACAGUGGUCAUUGACAAAUCCACGCCUGACUCCUUAAGAGUGUUUCUGAUCUGUCAGACAGGUGUUUGGGGAUUUUUCUUUAUUAUAGAGAGAAUUCUUCUGCCAUCAGCUGUGGAGAUUCCAAGCAGUUGAUUUUGGUAAGCCUUUUUCUUCUUCUUCUUGCUUGCACAGCCUAAAGUUGUAGGGCAACUUGUUCUAUUUGAUCUUAUUUGAUUGUGCAUGCCAGGUUGAUUGCAUUCGUCGAAACAGGGCGGACCACGUGAAGGUUGUAAUCUUCCACCCCUGGUAAGCCUUAAGUUUGGCUGAAGUCUCUAUUCUUGUUUCUCAGUCUCAUAAUGGCUUCUUUGACUUUCAUAGGCACAACUUUGGACCUCAUGUUGAUAAACAGCAAUAAAAGUUUCCAAAAGCGAUGGAAAGACUGGAGGAAAGACUAGGUGCUGCGAGCUCUCUUCUACCUGCACGAAGGAGGCAAUUAAACACACCUGAGCAAUUACAAACACCCAUGAAGCCAUGUGUCCCAAACAUUAUGGUGCCCUGAAAUGGGGAACUAUGUAUAAACACUGCUGUAAUUUUUACAUGGUGAAACUAAAAUGUGUAAAAAAUACCCUUUAAUAAAAUCUGACAAUGUGCACUUUAACCACAUGUGUUUUUUCUAUUACAAAUCUCAAAUUGUGGAGUACAGAGGCAAAUAAGUAAAUGAUAGGUCUUUGUCACAAACAUUGAAGGCACUGUAUAUACACCUAUUAUUUAUUUGUUUCCUGUUAUUAAGUCACAAGCCAUGUUCUCUGUCCCACAACUCCUUUGGCCACCUUCUUCCAUGGAAACAGACUGUUAAUUUUGAUAUUACACAAGUUUAGUCUCAAUCAAUGUUCUCGUUUAUCAGCAUUUA